GCGUCGAAGAGCCGAAACCAGAAUUGCACGUUUCCAUGGACCAAACCAUGAUAAGAUUAUCAUCGCAAUUCAAACUUUGCCCUCAAUUUCGGUUCAAUUCAGUCAUCAAUUCCCAGAAGCCGAUUUCUCUUUCUGUUGAUUUUGAACUCCGGCGAAGGUAUAUCUCCAGUUUCAAGCUGGAGUGUGGCGGCGGUGACGGCUUGGUGUUCGACGCCUCUGCUUUUGAGGCCGAGAGGUUGAGCAUGGACGCGGCGGCGAGGGAGGCUAUGGCGGAGACGGCGAGGAAGGAGAUGGAGUCGGGUCCGGAGAGUGACCCGAAAGCGUGGAAAUGGGUAAUCCGGAAGCGGAUUUGGGAUCUGAUGGAAGCUGGGAACUACGCCAUGAACCCUAGACCCGUUCAUCAUCGUAUCCCUAAUUUCGUUGGCGCGCCGGCCGCUGCAGGCAAAUUGGCGGAGCUUGAAGCGUUUCAGAUGGCGAAGAUCGUGAAGGUUAACCCGGAUUCACCACAAAAGCAAAUCAGAUUUCUUACGCUUUCUGGUGGCAAGAAGCUUUUGACUCCUCAACCAAGGCUAAGAACAGGGUUUUUCUCUGUACUUGAAUCCGAUAUGCUGAAACCCGGCACCUUGAAUGAAGCUUGCACCUCCGUGGGUGUAGCCAAGUACGGAAGAAGGAGGCCAAACGGCGUGAAACUGCUUCCCCCGAUCUCCUCCGCCGUGUCCUCCUCUUCUCCCGCCUGA